CAACAUGCAGUUCAUUCAGUAUGCUGUGCUCUGUGCCAGAAGAACGGCCGCGUAACUCCUGAUCUAUCACUGUCGAGUGUGAUCAUGUAAGGACAGUGGCGAUGAAAGCAACGACCUCGCUUGUUCCGUCUACAUGAGAAGCUGUCAAUUCUCAACGAGAUGGUAAUAGAACUGCGAGAGCUCAUCUACGACACUUUGGUAUACGUCGGUCCCAGCGAGCUGUCGGGAACAACAAGCCUGUGUAAUGACUUUUCCAAUGUGCUUAUUCGUCGUCCUCCUCGCGCCUCGUGACAGCAACCCCCCGGAGCCGGGACAAAUCAACUCCAGGUCGCGUGAAGGCAUGAUCUCAGAGCGCAUUCUGCCUUGUCGGAAAGCAUCCGAGGGGGCAGAGAUACAAGGACGCGAAAACAUCACCGCGGCCUCCAUAGACGGAGAGCACUGCAGGUCGCAGAAGACCAACAUCCAGUCACCCAGUCUUGAUCGACGGAAACGACGCAUGACAUCCCGCCUCCCCGCCGCGAUAUUAGGGAAAAGCGACGGCGGCAUGCGAGAACGAUGGCGAGUCGAAUGUUGCCGAACCGGGGAAGGUGGUGCCGUUGUUACUCUUGGUAUGGGACAUGAGGGCAUUGGCAGCCCCGGUUGUCCAACGGUCGCACCAGGUCGGCGUAAGCGCCGAAGACGUAUCACAAACCCCCAGGCAUUGGGGUUGAUCGACGGAGAAAAGAGGAGAUGUUGCGCCCUGCCGCGCGCUUCAUACUGAUCUGUGCCGACCCCUGGAACCUGGGCAGGAGUCGGAUGAGUAUGCCAAGGGUUGGCGACCAAGAGGAAAGGCAGGAGGGUGGAGAAGAGGCAGGAAGGAGGAGGAGGAGUAAUAAAGAGAUUUCUCUCUUGGCCUUUGCGUUGUAAGGAGGCCGAGAGCCAUGCUUGGCCUUGCUUCUGAGGUCAUACC